AUGGCCACUGUGGCGAAUUUGUCCAAGUAUUUCACCCUUAUAUGCUUACUCGGCAUCGCUAUCGUAAUGACCUCUUUGUUUUCAUUGACAAACUACCACUGUAGAUGUAACGAAGUACAUUCUGAGGCUCAAAUCAGGUCAAAUCUUCCUUAUAUCAAGGGAUUUACACGUGAUGCAGGGAAAAAAACUAACUUUACGAGUUUCAAUCCAAGCAUAAUCUGGCGCAGGUACAAUUACAAUAUAUCUGCAUUCAACGAGACGUUAUCCUCAUUCACCGGGCACCUGAUGUUUGCUAUCAUAACAAAUUUUUCCCACAAUUUCUUGGAUUACGCGAAACACAGUACAACACUAAAUACUAUGGUACUGGACCAGAAGUACUUACUAUCACUGCGACAAUUUUGGAACCUUGAAAAAAACGUGUCCACAGGAAUGCUGUUGUUUACACUUGGGCUUUCCGUCUGUGAGGAAAUUCAUCUAUUUGGUUAUUGGCCUUUUUAUACCGAUGAAAAAGGCAAUGAUCUGCCAUAUCAUUACACUGAAGAUCUUGAAUGGAGCAAAAAAACAAGAAAUUCACAUACCAUGGUAUCGGAAUUUCAAAACCUGCGCGAACUCCACCAGGAUGGCGUUGUCCGUCUGCAUAUUGGGAGAUGCACUCCUUCUUGUGCCACGAAUAAUAUCACUUAAACUGAACAG